AUGAAGCUUAGCGCUGUCGUCUUCACCGCUCUGUCUGCUGUCACCGUGGCGCAGGACGGCUACUGGGACGUCCCCUCUCCAGGCUUCCGUCUCAUCGUGAGCACUGCCCUCGGAGCCUGCCACCAAGGAGCCGCCAUCGAAGGUCUCUGUCCUACCAGCGAGACUGUCCAGGAUUCACCAAGCUCUUACACCACCUUCUACCACAACGUCAGCUCCUCCAGGAAUGAGGCUGCGGGAGCUGCUGAUGCCAACGGCCCCAUCAGCUGGAUCCUUCGAGCUGGUGGCAACCUUACAGUUCCGUCUGCGAUGUUCCUUGCAUUGACCGAAACAUCCAACGUCGCCAAUCCUACCUUCUACCCCAGCACAAGCAAGUCCACCAGUGUUGCCUUCGAGGAGGACGGCUGCCUCUACAUUGAGACCAGCCUAGACGAUACCGUCAGCCCUCCAGCUUACUUCAACACUAGCCGUAAGGUCAAGAACUGGUACGUCUGCCUCACCAGGUACUCGUAUCUGUACACCACGCUGUCAUGGAAGGUUGGCCUUACGGGCACGCCUCAGAACCCUUCAUGUCAGAAGGUCGACGUCAUCCGAGUUUUCAACUGA